AUGGACACAAACACAUCAAGUAAAUUCGAUGAGAACCAAACUUCAGAUGAUUUGCUGAAUAGAUGCUGGGGACACCAAGACUGCUGGGAUUGUUUGUCAGUAAGCCCUUGCUCGUGGUGUGCUGUAUCCUCUACCUGCGUUCCAAAUACAUCUCCUAUGAAGAUCCUCGCACCCAUUUUCAACAGUAAUAUUUGCCCUCUCUGGUCUGAACGAUGGGAAUUGAGAGCGAAACCUCUAGGUUGUCACGUUUCAACCAUCACAUUUUUGACAUUUCUCGGAUCAAUUUAUGGAACACUUUUGGCAUUGGGGAUUAUUAUUCUCAUAAUGAAGUGCUUGAGAACUGGAGAAACGAACCAAAGGUGGUGGAAGAUAUCGAGGCAGUAUCCAAGGAGAUUCUGGAAGAAGAAGAAGGACUCAGGAGUGGUUGAGGCAAAUGAUUCCCCAGAAUCUCGUCCAUUAUUAGAAUAG